CAUAUUUAAAUUAUUAUUGGUUUAUUAUUAAUCGAAAAUACCCACAAAAAUCAUUUUAUGUUUACUCAAAAUGAAAGACAGUAAAUGAAAGACAGGUGCCGAACGUAAUUGUCAAAGGUAGUAACUUUCGUUCAAAAAGUGUGGGAGUAGUUACGAACUUGCUUUCUGUCCUUCGGAAGUAGCUUAGUCAGAACAGUGCAUUUGAUACGUUCUUCUGUGCGUUCGCGGUAUUUUUCAGUCUAAAAUGCGUGCAAAGAAUGUUGGAUGCUAUCUUUUUUGGAAUCUGUUUCUAGCCUACCACGUGGUUAGCGAGAUUCCGCCAUCAAUAGACAAAGACGAUGUGCUCGUAUUCACUGUCGCUACGAAAGAAACCGAUGGCUAUAAAAGAUAUCUUAGAUCAAUCGAUGUUUAUGGAUUUCGCGAUAACUUAAGAGUUCUUGGUAUGGGAACACCUUGGCUAGGCGGUGAUCAUGUAAAAACCAGUGUAGGAGGAGGAUACAAAGUUAAUCUUUUAAAGAAGGCUCUUGAAGAAUAUCAAAAUGAUGAUGAUAGGAUAAUUAUAUUUACGGACAGUUAUGAUGUAAUAUUUUUAAGUGAUUUAACCGAAAUCAUCGAUAAAUUCAAGAACAUGAAUGCUAGAAUUUUAUUUUCUGCAGAAGGAGCUUGUUGGCCGGAUAGAUCAUUAGCUUCUAAAUAUCCUUCUGUAAUACGAGGAAAACGUUUUUUAAAUUCUGGAGGCUUUAUAGGAUACGCUUCAGAUAUUUAUGCGAUUUUAACAUAUGCACCGAUAAAAAACAAAGAUGAUGAUCAAUUAUUUUAUACUCUGGCAUAUCUUGACGAAAAAUUAAGAGAACAUCAUAAAAUUAAAUUGGAUCAUAAAUCUGUAAUAUUUCAAAAUCUUUAUCUUGCCGUAGGUGAUGUAAAAUUAAAAUUUGAGAAUGGAAAAGCUUCCCUUUUGAACACGGUUUAUAACACAGAACCAUUAAUACUUCAUGGAAAUGGUUAUAGCAAAGAAUCAUUGAAUUCUUUGGGAAAUUAUUUGGCUCAUGCAUGGAGCCCUGAAGAAGGAUGUAUAAUGUGCUGGGAAGGAACAAUAGAAUUAAAUAAAACGAUACCAGAAUCAUAUCCGAUUAUAUUAAUCGCUAUAUUUAUCGAACGACCGACUCCUUUCUUAAACGAAUUUUUAGCUACAAUAUAUCAACAAGAUUAUCCAAAAUCGAAACUACAUUUAUUCGUUCAUAACAAUGUGGAAUAUCACCAAGAUAUAAUCAAUAGUUUUAUGAAAAAUGUUGGAUAUGAAUAUAAUACUAGUAAACUAGUUUCUGUGAACGAUGCUAUGAAUGAAGUUGAUGCAAGAAACUUAGCUAUGGAUUAUUGUUUAUUAAAAGAAUGUUCUGGAUAUUUCUCUAUUGAUUCUAUUUCUCAUUUAGAUAACAAAUAUACUUUGAAACUUCUAGUAGAACAGCAACGAGAAAUAAUUGCACCAUUAUUGGUUAGACCAUAUAAAAUGUGGAGUAAUUUUUGGGGUGCUAUAAUGGACGAUGGAUUCUAUGCUCGAAGUUUCGAUUAUAUGGAUAUCGUGAAAAAUGAACGCAGGGGAUUGUGGAAUGUACCAUUUAUUAGUAAUUGUUACUUAAUUAAUUCAACGCUAAUAAGCAACAAAGAAACUCGUCCGUCUUAUUCAGAAGGCGAUUUGGAUACGGAUAUGGCUUUUGCUUAUGCUAACAGAGAACGAUCCAUUUUUAUGUAUGUCAGUAAUAGACUUGAUUUUGGACAUUUGGUUAAUCCAGACAGUUAUGACAUCACAGUGACCCAUCCAGAUUUAUAUCAAAUUAUUGACAAUAAAUUAGAUUGGGAAAGAAGAUACAUCCAUGAAAAUUAUUCAGAAAAUUUUAACUCGAAUCAAACUCCAUUACAACCUUGUCCAGACGUGUAUUGGUUUCCCAUAGUAAACGAAAGGUUUACAAAAGAAUUAAUAGAUGUUAUGGAAAAUUUCGGAAAAUGGUCAGAUGGAUCAAAUCAUGAUCCCAGAUUAACGGGUGGUUAUGAAAAUGUACCAACCCGUGAUAUUCAUAUGAACCAAGUAAAAAAUGAACCACAAUGGCUAUAUUUUUUAAAGGAAUACGUUAGACCUCUUCAGGAACUCGUGUUCACUGGAUAUUAUCAUGAUCCACCUCGUGCUCUCAUGAAUUUCGUUGUAAGAUAUCGACCAGAUGAGCAACCGUCAUUGAAGCCACAUCAUGACAGUUCAACUUAUACUAUCAAUAUUGCUCUAAAUAGAGUGGGAGUAGAUUAUGAAGGUGGAGGUUGUCGAUUUAUCCGUUAUAACUGUUCCGUUACGGAUACAAAACCAGGCUGGAUGUUGAUGCAUCCUGGACGACUGACUCAUUAUCACGAAGGUCUUCGAGUUACCAGUGGUACUCGAUAUAUUAUGAUUUCAUUCGUUGAUCCUUAAUCAGUAUGUCGAAUCAUAGGGCAUUCUUAUAGAUAAUAAAAAAUGAAAGAAAAUACUGUACAAAAAUAUUCAAUUGUUCUCAUAUAUAUAAAAUCUAUGAGAAAUUAUAUUAAUAUGAAAAUUAGGAUUGGGCAUUUUUUAUUUAAAAUAA